CACCUCUAACAGGAGCUCAGCACAGCUUUCGUCUUCUUUACGAGUUACUGGAGACCUCGAACGAAUUGCGACGAGUACGACAGGUCGAUCAAGGUAUACAGGACGUCUUCAGUCACUUGCUGACCUACACGGGAAAGACGCCAAAACUGAUUCUUACCCGGGAUAUCUCGCUCGACUGGUGAAUCUCCGCAAGAGCUCCGCACCCGCCGCAACUAAAGGAGAGAAGGCCACUGCGAUCUUAGGACGGUCGCAUGAUUUCUGCGACUAUGUCUGGCUCAUAAACCUGCGCCAAUUAUCCUUUCGCGCUGGCAAUGACCCAUUUCCCUCGCACUUGUUCUCAGACGGCUAGGCACUGCAAACGGAUGCCAGCAUGGGUGCAACAAACAUACAGGAUGCGAAACUCCUUAUCCAGUCUUCGCGCGUGCUUGACCGUACAGCCGGCCUAAAGGACCUCGUUCAUAUCCUCAAGCACAACCGCGGGAAGCCCAGCCUCGAGGCUCUUGGCAAUAAAGCCUAUCUAGCACUCUGCGAGACUCUUUUCCAAUGUAUACGAGACGAGCGGUCGUCGUUCCUCCGCAGCAAAUCCAAGUCAGCCAGAACUGCCGCGCUUCUUCCCCUCUCGGCCUCAGCAUUGCGCCAUGUCAUUGCCUCCGGCGUGCGAACGAUCAAGGGCUCCACCGUAGAGCUCAUCAUAGACACCAUAAUCGAGGUACUUCCGGGACAGGAUGGCCUAAUCAAGCCUCUACUCGAAGAAAUUCCCAAGACACUACGAUCACUGCUCGAGUAUCAGCCGCACGUCGAGCGUCUCUCCAAAGACUGCUGGGACGCUGCAGUCCACUUUUGUAUCGAUUCAUUGGCAGGAAUUGUUGCUGAGCCGGAAGUUGAGCCGCAGGACAGCUGGAGUACUAAUGUUUCCAGUCGAGCCCGAACCCCGCUUGAGCCUACAGAUGUGACCCUGCCGAGAGCCAGCCCUCGAAUACCAGUAACGAGAACCAAGACAGUCUCCGAUGAGUAUGCUCACUCAAUAGAAGAUUUUGUACACUGUCUUCAUCUACUCGUCAAAGCUUCAAAUGCCCCAUUGCUAGACAAAGCCAAGGACGUCUUGAGCGCAUUGCUGCAGUUCCUACAGCGAAGGACCGGGCGUGGUAAUAUCGCUGCCGCCGCGCUUGCUGCGAUCAAUUCGGUCCUCGCUCGAACAACACUACAAUCACUUGAACUUACCAAGCGUACCGUGCAAGAGCUCCUUCCUUUGAUGAAGUCCAUGUGGUCUGAGCUUAUAACUAGGGAAGAGAUAAUGAUCACUCUGAUGCAUACUGAAGCACACAUCUCGAGUCUUCUAGCUGACCCCGAAGAUGAGACCACCCAUCUAGAUCUUGAAGCGCUCGUUGAGGCUAUCUAUGGCGACUACCGACGCAGACAUGAGACGACGGCGCAUCAAUAUCUUGAAGAAGACCACCUUUGCUUUCGGCAUUUGGGUCGAGCUAACCAGGAUACACAUCCUCUGAACACUUGCGCAUUCUCUAUGGAGACAGAGCAUCAGCGUUUUGAGGGAUUGUGGAGUAUCGUGUCUACUAUUGCACGCUUCUCAUUCAUGCUCGAUGGAAGGAGGCAGACCAUCACUCUCGACCAUAGCGACAUAGAAGAGAGUACUAGCAAACGCCUCCGUGUCACUCAACUCUUCCCAGAAUACCUUCGCCACGUCCUUGUACCUAGAUCCAAUGCUAAACGGGCAGCGCUACAAGUCGUCGCUUUUAUGGUCCAAGAAGGGCCCGUUGACGAAGAUGGUCUUCUAUCAAUGUUGGAGAAGCUCAUUUCAUGUAUUUCUGACGAAAACCCUGUGCAUUCGGUAUGGGCAAUGAUAGGUUUGGCUGGGGCUGCACUUCAACCGUCUGCAAGGCACGCGACUCUUCUACCAUACUGGAUCUCUGCUUGGCAAAGCGCUUCUCGCGCCGUCACGUCUAUUUCGAUAUCCCGUGCGGCGUGUCAUCUCAUGGACGUUCUCCUCAGACUCGGCAUUGUGCCUUUCUCCGCUGUUUCGGAAACUGUUCAGUCCAUGCUAGUAUCGAUCGAAUUAAGCGGUCCUGCGCUUCUCACAGAAACAAGUUCGUCUUUGUUGACCACCAUCAUCCGAGAGCGAAUCAAAGAGAACCCAACACAUUUUAACUCUACGGCAGAAAGGAUCCUAAAUUGGCUUCUUAACAAGUGGACUCCUAGUCUCUGGUCCGAGCGGACUUACUCCUCACUCAACGCGCACCACUGCAACGCCCGCGAUGUGCUACGCGUUCUUUAUGCCUGUCUAGACAGGCCUUUUGGUGUGGCAACAUCAGCGCCUUUCCUAGUGUUAGGACCCAUCGCACAAGCCAGAACGCGAAAUGUUCGUUACAAAGACCUAGCACAGUACCUUUUGCUUCUUGAUACCAAGGAAGAACAUUUGGUUCAGGCGAAGGCUUCACAGGCCAAACCAACCGAGGUCGUUUCCGAACAUCAUCCCACGCAAAUAGAAAACAGGAUCCUCGACUUCUGUCUCUCUGAACUGGACAAAGCGAGGCAUCGCUGGAAGGACAUGGGUUCCACCAACGGUGCGGGCAUAACAUCAGACAUGAUGCGCAUCGUCACUAAUUUGUGCAUCGUUGCGCCUGCUAUCGCGACCUUGGCCGACCCUGACGAUCAUCGCGUCUCCACUUUGGAGUCCUCGGUCACUAGCUUGAGCAAAUCCUUUGUCAACAACCUGACCAAGCCCCAAACCGAGCAGUACAAGAUCGAUGCUGUACUCGUAACCUGUACCAAAAGUCUUCCUGAUAUUAGCAACUUACCAAAUUUGACUUCCGAUGUUUUCAAACAAGCAGGCGUUUGUGUGCUUUCUCAGCACCUCUCGAAAGCACUUGGCGACCGCAGAGAGGUCAAACAGUCAUUAUAUGUGGAAGAUGAGGAUUUCAUGGAUGUUGAUGAUGAUGAAAACUCGCAAAUGACUGUGGGUCAAACUGGCUCUGAAGUCGAUGUUCCGCGACACGAUGUGCAAGCAGAAAGCGACGCAUCCGCUUUGCGUGCUUCGUGCUCAGCGUAUUUGCAUUUGGUCUCUUCGAUCGCGGAUAGCACCGCAAUGGAACACCAUCAACUUCCUUCGAAAUUCGUGGAUUAUCUGAUCGCCCUUCACGAGAGCGAACUUCUUCGAUCCCGUCAGUUUUUACGCGCGCUCUGGAGCAGUGAGCUCAAGAUAUCACGAAGCGACUGUCUGAGUCUUCUAGAACGGUUCAGUGAGGCUCUUAUUGAUCCCCGCGCACGUGAAUACAACACGUCUGAAGUCGCCAAUGGUAUGUUAGUAGAGGUUUUGAUAGGCACUGCGCUUGUCUGGGUCCCUGAUUCGACCGAUCGAGAGGGUCAGGAUCUCUAUGAAAACGUUGAGGCGUUAUAUGCGUACUACGUCAAGGAGAUGGAGAAAGGAGGAGUCCGAAGAUCUGCGAAUUUACAACAAACUAUCGCUACCUUCCUACAAGGACUUCUCAGGCACCACCCGGAUUUCGGUCAAACCCGCAGGGUUCCUUCGGUACGGACUAGUCUUUUUGAACUUCUGUCACGAGGUGAAAUGACUGUGAAGUAUCACAUCGCCGAGCGCUUACCAAGAAUGUUCGAGGAUUUUGUACUAUCCGAGCACAAUAAGAUCUUGCAAGACGUUGACAGCAGCUUACCUGGCAAUGAUGAUGGCAUUGAAGGCAUUGCGGUCCGAUUACUCGUGCUGUCCAAACUGGCGGCCCGAUGGCACACCCUUCUACGCCAGAGCAUCUAUCGUAUUUUUGCGACAGCGGGCGCCGUAUCAGGAGCUGCGUGGCAUGCCAAAGUCUGCAUCUCCAAUGUCGCUCACGCGAGAGGCCUUGAGAACUCACAGUGCCUAUUCCGUCUCUUCGCACCCCAGAUCAUCUUCACUUGGUUGGAUCGAGAACGAAAGAUCGCUGAUAUACCGUUUCUGACAUUUGGCUACACGACGCUCCUAGACCUUCUGCAAGAUAUCGAAGCUGAAGCAGUGGGACAGGCUAUGAUGCUUGGCCUGAAGGGUGAGGUGGAAUACCUAGCAAGUCAAUUAGGAGCCACAGCACCAGAAAUCCUGUCAAAGAAUAUCGGCAAGGCGGCCGCAUACACAAUCGCAUGGGACACGUGUAGAGGCUUUGCUAGAAACAAGGCUGCGCCAAGCUUCGCUAAUUUGCUAAAGGAGAUGAUCGGGGCCGAUAAAUACUACGAAUUGGUACAGAAACACUUCCCUCAAGUGCUAGGGCAGAUAUUUCAGACCAUUGAUCACGAAGAACGCAUCAGUAACUCUUUGGACAAGAAACCACCCUUUAAUGCAGCAGCGAAACUGAUCACGGAGAUGACCAGAAUUAGCCACUCGGCACAAGGUCUCGACAUCGGCAUCGAGCCUUCGUUCUCCGCCUUCUAUCUACCAGAUCAAUUGGAACGUUUAUGCCGGCGGACAGCGGACGAUCCCGCGAGCUUCUGGACACCGAGUAACUACACAUAUGUGAUGCGAUCUCUUCUCGAUCGCAUACAUCCCGCUCUGGGCUCACUUUUCGCUCGAUCUAUGAUUCGUAAAAUCCGGAUUGUGGUUGCUCUUGCCGGGCCAAUAGCUUAUGAAGGCUACCCACUUCAGAUGACACUCCAAUCCUUGCGCCCUUUUCUUACCGAUGUGCAGUGUGCAGAAGAUACAGUAGGAAUUAUGCAAUAUCUCUUUGAGCAUGGUUCCCAAUAUCUCCGACAGCAUCUCAGUUUCAUCACAGGCAUUGGACUGUCAAUUCUUAUCUCUGUCCGAGUAUUUUUAGGCUCAUCCCAGGACAGCACGACCCAGCAAUCACAACACGUGGCGACCAUGAAUGCAGCGAACCGAUUCCAUACUUGGCUCACUGAGUACCUCAAGAACCAUGCGCAUGCGAUCACUACGACCGAACGAUCAUCUGCUGUAAAGGCCUUCAGGCUCAUCACUACCGCCGCCUCCCAAGUCAAUGCGGAAGGCAAUUCUAUUCGUGGUAGCGAAGAGAGCAAGCUGCUCCUUGAGAUAUUAGACGAUGCAAAGUCGGGUCGCAAACUCCUCAACAAAACGUCUCGCGAAGUUGCGCUCGAUCUACUUUGUCAAAACUUCAAGCCUGCUCCAUCGGCCCGCGACGACGUUCUAGGUCGCGACAUCGAUGCCGCUGAGUAUGCGCCCCUCGUUUGGGAAUCGUGUCGAAGGAGCAAUGUUGGUGACGGUUACCUGUUGUGGACAGCAAGGGUACUCGGUCGCGCAUUUAGUGCUCACGGAGAAGUAAAGAGAAACGCUACGCAACACUUGCCAUGGGCUUCAUUGGGACAAUCAUCCAAGGACUCGCUCGGGAAAACGUCAAGAGAGGCAAUUGUUCGAGAAGUCAUAGAUCUAUUCUACAGCGACAACCGUAGCGAAGUUAGCCUGGCAGAGGAUGUUAUUAGACGCUUGGUUUCUCGUCUCUCCGAUGCAGAUUCCCAAUAUAUUGCAGAAAUGCACCGAGUUAUUCCUGAAGCCAUUGGGAAAGCACUUGGCCUCUACAUGCCUCAAGACUCAGAGCUUCUACCAUCCCCAGAAGGGCUCAGCCAGGCAGUCUCACCAACCAGCACCAAGGCCGUGACCACCUGGAUUAGAGACCUUGCGAUUGCGUUAUGUAGAGGUUCCGCAAAUGAACCCAUACUCAGCGCGCUUCCCAAAUUUCUUCUAGGAAUUGACCACAUGGCUGGAAAGCUAUUACCGUACAUCCUGCAUCUUGUACUGCUGGAUGAGUUUGACGGAGACCGUAAUGUCCGCGACAUCAUGUCGGACGCAACAAUGAGGUGGUUCCGCGACUGUGACACUACGACAGCACCAUACGUUCGAAUUCUCAUUCAAUCCAUUCUUCAUCUCCGCAGUCAGCCAGUUCCAACGGAGGUCACAAGAGUGGAUCGGGACCGCUGGCUCGAAGUAGAUUUUCUGAUCGCCUCACACGCCGCGAACGUCUGCAGUAUGUACAGAUGUGCUCUGUUAUUCGCAGAGACAUCGUCUGGUCAAUCAAUAGUCAAAAACAGUACGAGGCGCACUUCUGUUCUAGUGGAUCCUCCUCGUAUACCGCUAGAACUUCAGCUUUCCAUCUACAAGAACCUUGACGAGCCCGACUCUUUUUAUGGCGUUGACCGAGGAUCAAGUCUUUUGUCCGUCGUGGACCGUCUCGAUUACGAAGGAGAUGGUGUCAAAAGCCUUUUAUUUCGUGGCGCUCGACUCGACAGCCAGAUGCGCCGACUCAAUGAGUUCGAGCCACCAGAUACCCGGGGUACAGUCAAGUCACUCAUCAUGCUAAACAUGAACAGCGUUACACAUUCUCUGCUAUCGAAUGGCCAGUUCCGGGAUAUAGGGGACGAUAUCGUUGAAAGCACUCUUCACACAGCGCGCAAGCUUGGGCAUUGGGACAUCAAGGCCCCAGAAGUGAACCACACCGAGUCCAGCACUCUUUUCAAAGCGUUCCAGGGGCUACAUUUUGCCAAAAGCGCAACAGAGGCCCAAGAGAACUUUGAUCGCCAGCUUUUAGUCACGAUGGGCUUCCUAUCGGGAAGGAAUAGCUCUUCAGUGCCUACAAAGGUUCGCUUGCGGACGUUGGGAGCUCUGACAGAGGCGGACGAGAUUAUUAGAGCCGAACGGUCGGAACAUCUUCUUGAUACCUGGGACCGCAUGAAAGCUCGGGAGAAGUGGAUGCGAGCCGGCGAAUUCAACGACGUGCGCCAACUUCUUUCUUGUCGCGAAACGCUUUUCAAUGUACUUAGCUCAAACGCUGUGCUCGUAGACUCGCUACGCGUAAGGACCGCGACUGUUCGUGGUAUGGAAGUCGAAGCUCUUGUCUCAUCUUCCACCGUCUGCCGGAAGCACGGCGCACUUCAAGAGUCUUUAGCCAGCGUAACAUACCUUUCUGACAUUGUGCCGGAAUGCAAGUCUAUAGGGCUCGACAUUGAUGCCACAGCUCAACAUGAAGUGGCCAAUGUUCUGUGGGAACAAGGCGAGACUGAGAUAUCAAUACGCAUGCGACAGCAUCUCAUUGAUCAUGCCGACUUUGACUCUCAGAACAUAGAUCUGAGUCUGCCUGUGCUACUCGCAAGACUCGGUCACCAUUUGGCUGAGGCUCGCCUUGCAAAGCCUGACACUAUAAUGCGAGACUAUCUCGAGCCCGCGAUACGCGAGCUGAAGGGUCAGAAGCAGGGUUCUGGUCCAGGUCAGGUCUUCCACGAAUUCGCGCUCUUCUGUGACAAGCAGCUCCAGAAUCCAGAAGCUGCGGAAGACAUGGAGCGUAUCAAAACCGUUAUGGAUCGGAAGUUACAAGAGUUCCACGAGUUCACAAAACUCUCCAAGACAGACAAAAGCAAAGGCAUGCGAGACACGUAUCAUCGGAGCGCUCGAAGAGCGAAAGGCUGGUACGACCUUGACAAUGCUGAAUACGAGAGGAUGCGGAAGGGCCGUGAACAAUUCUUGCGACAAUGUCUGGAGAACUAUCUCUUGUCAUUGUUCGCCAGUGACGAGUACAACAACGACGCCCUCCGCGUAUUUUCCCUUUGGCUAGAGUACUCUGACACCGACCUGGCCAACGCAGCUGUCCAGACCUACCUCAAAGACGUUCCCAGCGGUAAGUUUGCCUUGCUCAUGAAUCAGCUAUCAUCCCGUUUGCAAGCGGAGGACAGUGCUUUCCAGCAGCUCCUGAUGGCCCUUGUGUUCCGCAUUUGCGUAGAACAUCCUUAUCAUGGCAUGCACCAGAUCUUCGCCAUACAGAUGAAAGUCGGCGCAAUCACAAGAGAAGAUGUCGUACGAGCCAAGGACGAGUCGGCACGAUCGCGCCAGAAAGCUGCAACAGGACUUGCGAAUGCGCUUAGCAAUGACAAGCGGGCACGAACAUAUUGGAGUUCAAUCUUUCAGUCCAACGAGAUCUAUCACCAUCUCGCAAUGUUCAAGGGCGAGAAAGAGAGCACGCAGCAGGGUCGAGAGCUCCCGCUCGACAGGUACAAGGAGUCGAAAGACUUGGUCAGUAAGAUACCGAAGCUUAACAUUCCGCCAGCCACACUACAGAUUGAGGUCAGACCCAACAUGAACUACACUGAUCUACCGAGAAUUCAGUCGUUCAAGCCAACAAUGAGCAUUGCCAACGGAUUGAGCGCGCCCAAGGUCAUUACCGCGAAGGGGACCGACGGAAAGCCAUAUAAGCAGUUGUUCAAAUCCGGGAAUGAUGAUCUCCGUCAAGACGCUAUAAUGGAGCAAGUAUUCGAUCAAGUUUCGCGACUCUUGAAGAACCACACAGCAACACGAAUUCGCAAUCUAGGUAUCCGCACCUACAAAGUCCUGCCACUAUCUACUCGCUCAGGCCUCAUGGAGUUCGUGCAAAACACCAUUCCUUUGCACCUUUGGGUCAUGCCAGCGCACGAAAAGUAUUAUCCAAACGACUACAAACCCGACAGAUGCCGCAAAGAAAUCGGCGCAUGCCAACAAGACUCCCUUACCACACGCGUAAAAGUUUGGCAAAAGGUCACAAAUAAUUUCCAUCCCGUUCUGCGCUACUUCCUCCUCGAGCGCUUCCAAGACCCGGAUGAAUGGUUUGAGCGCCGCCUAGCCUACACACGCUCCACGGCUGCUAUCUCCAUCCUGGGCCAUGUUCUCGGUCUCGGCGAUCGACACUGUCACAAUAUCCUCUUGGAUGAGAAGUCCGGCGAGAUAGUACACAUUGACCUAGGUGUGAGUUUUGAAGCAGGACGUGUGCUGCCGGUGCCCGAGGUUGUGCCUUUCCGGCUUACGCGCGACAUGGUGGAUGCGAUGGGGUACACGAAAACGGAGGGGGUAUUCAGGAGGUGUUGCGAGUUUACCAUGGAUACGCUUAGGGAGGAGAGGGAGAGUAUCAUGACACUCCUCAACGUCCUGCGCUACGAUCCACUUGUGAAUUGGAGCAUUACGUCUACGAAAGCAAAGCGUAUGCAGGAAGGCAAUCAGGACACAGCUGCACCAAAUGGAACGGCGCGUUCCACCACCGUUGCGCCUGGAGGUACACCCGCUCCUUCAGGCGCCCCGGUGGCGUCAGGACAGGUCGUUGGUGAGGAAGUCGUCCAAGAAAGCAACAAGAAGAAAGAGAAAGAGGAGCAGGCUGGUGAAGCUGGCAGAGCAUUGAGCGUGGUGGAGAAGAAGCUCAGUAAGACGUUGAGUACAAAGGCGACGGUCAACGAGCUUAUCCAGCAGAGUACUGAUGAGCGAAAUUUGGCGGUACUGUAUAUGGGGUGGGCAAGCUAUGCAUAGUUUUUCGUGUAUCUAUGAUUUUCUUCGUGUGUACAAAGAAUAGGGAACUUGCAAUCGAUUGAGCGCGGCGUUGGGCGAAACAUGGAUUAGGUCCUAGUAUAUAUAUUUAAUACUGGACUUGAAGGGACUUGCCUUAUUGUAAAGCCUGAAUGGAUUCACAGCCUCAUGAGGGAGUAGCUAAACUAGCUAACAGUAGAGCCUGG